AUGGAAACUAAGGGAAUCGGAGGCUAUGAGAAAGUCCAGUUUGAUGGUGCUUCUAUAUUCUCGAAGGCUUCGGAGGAAUCCUCGAGUUGGCUCACCCUCCAGUUGAUGCCUCAAGAGGCGGUAUGCUCUAUCAUCCCUUCGGUAAAGCAUUGGCAAAAACCCCCAAUUAACUUUGUCAAAUGUAAUAUGGCGACCUCUUGGAUGAAGGGUAAUGAGAACUUUGGUGCUACUUGGUUGGUGCGUGACUCACAAGGUAUACCUGUUUUCCAUAGUAGACGGGCAUUUGCACCUAGGGGAGCCUCAAUGGAAGCUGAGUUGAUGUCUAUUAGAUGGGUUCUUGAAGCUAUGCAUGACUUGCGUAUUCGGAAAAUCAUAGUGGAAACUUCUUCUGAUACACUAUGGGAAGCAAUCACCUGUCCUCACAAUUUUCCUCAUCUGACAGUCGAGCUCUCGAGGAUUAUUCGAGCCCUGUACCAGUUUGAUCAGUGUCAUAUUGAGUUGGUUUCUGCGGGGACUAAUGAUAUAGCAGUUGAGAUCGCUACAAGUGUUACAAAAGACCGACGCUAUCAAUCUUAUAUUGCGAAUGGUGGUCCGGGUUGGCUGUCCUCAUCUAUCAGAGAUUCAGAGCCCAGAUGGGAGGUGGUGGUCAGAACACGUAAUUUCCCUCUAUCAUCACCGUGA